AUGUCAGGGGACAAGGCCAGCCAAUUGCGCGCCGCCGCCGCAUUGCAACCCACUCCCGGCUGCCCUGGCCCUCCUGCGCUCAACAGGGACGACGCAGCCGCAGUGCAGCCCAUUGCCGAGCCCCCGGCAGUCGAGCCCGCCUGCCGUGCCGCGCGGCGGCGGGCGGCGAGGGUGCCGUACCGCGCCAUCGCUGCCCUGGCAGCCGCGGGCCUGGCCGACUCUGCGUACCUCACAGCAGUGAAGGUGCUGAGCCUGACGCCGGCCUGCCCGCUAAGCGGCGGCGGCACAGGGGCCAGCUGCGGCGACAUUCUCACUAGCGAGUACUCCACCCUCUUUGGGGUGGUGCCCCUGGCCGCCGUGGGCAUGCUGGCGUACGGCGGCAUGGCGGCGCUGGCGCUGGCGGGAGCGGCGGCGGCAUCCGGCAGCAGCGCCGCAUCCGCGCCAGCAUCGGCAGCAGCGGCAGCGCAAGCAGCGGCAGCCUCCGGCGAGGCGCCAGCAGCAGCAGAGGGCGAGUCGGCAGCAGCGGGAGCGGGCGCGGCGGCGGCGGCGCCUGCAGCGGAGCGGUCUGCAGCGCAGGCUGCGGAAGAGGCGCCGUACCGCCGGGCUGUGCUGGCAGGAGGCCUGGCCAUGGCCACCUGCAGCUCCUGCCUUCUGUACAUCAUGCUGACCAAGUUUGGCGGCGCGCUGUGCCCCUGGUGCCUGGCCUCCGCGGCCCUCAGCUUUGGCAUCGCGGCGCUGGCGGCCUCGGGGCUGCGCCCUCGAGAGCUCUCCGAGGCCGCCGCCCCCGGCGCCGGCGCCGUGGCCACCACCCUGCUGCUGCUGUCGCUGGGGUUGGGCACUCCCAACCUCUCCUUCGCCUCGGGAGGCUACGACCUCGACUACAGCCUGCCGGAGGUGACCAGCGCCAGCGGCCCCGACGCGGUGUCGCUGGCGGAGCGGCUGGCCGCGGCGGGCGCGCGCAUGUACGGCGCCUUUUGGUGCUCCCACUGCUACGACCAGAAGCAGGCGUUUGGGGCGGAGGCCAUGGCUGCCUUCCCCUACGACACUAAGAUGGCUGCGGUGUGCGAGGCGGCGCCCGGCGGCCUGCAGGGCUUCCCCACGUGGGUGAUCGGCGGCGAGCAGCUGGUGGGGGAGCAGACGUUUGAGCAGCUAGAGGCGGCGCUGGCCAAGGCGGAGGCGGCAGCGCCCGCGACGGCGGCCAGCUAG